AUGAUGUUCGGUACGUUACCGCAACCGGAGCGCGGCGGUCAGGAGCUGCAGUCGCCCGUCAGCUCGCCCGAGCUGAUCGAUCCACGUUACAACCACAUGCGCCACAUUGCUGCCUCCUCAAGUCGUAUCCUGUACGAUGUGCCGUGUAAGGUGUGCCGGGACCACAGCUCCGGCAAGCACUACGGGAUCUACGCGUGUGACGGCUGCGCCGGGUUCUUCAAGCGCUCGAUCCGCCGGAGCCGCCAGUACGUCUGCAAGUCGAAGGUGGAGGUCGCGUGCGUGGUCGACAAAACGCACCGCAACCAGUGCCGGGCGUGCCGGCUGAAGAAGUGCUUCGAGGUCGGCAUGAACAAGGACGCGGUGCAGCACGAGCGCGGUCCACGCAACUCGACGCUCCGCAAGCAGAUGGCGCUGUUCAUCGCCAAAGACUCGCCGCUCCGGCACGACAUGAUGCUGACACCCGCCGGUCUCGCCGGCAUCUCGCCACAUCAUCAGCAGUCGGCCGCUGCGGCGGCUGCGGCGGCGGCUCUCCAGUCGGCGGUGCCGCUCGGGCUCGACCUGUCACUCGGCCGGAACCCCUUCCUGACGCCACCGCCCGCACCGUACCACCCGGGGGGACAUGGUGCGACAGCGGGAGGCGGGCUGCCACCGCCCGGCAGCAGCUCUGCCGCCGCCGCGUCGGCCGCUAUCUUCCAGUCGGCGCUCCACGGCGUGACGCACCCGCUGGUGGCGGUGGACGCGAUCCGCGAGUCGGCCGCCCAGCUGCUGUUCAUGAACGUGAACUUCCUCAAGAGUCUCGCCCCGUUCGUGCAGCUCCCGAUGGCGGAUCAGGUGGUGCUGUUCGAGGAGUCGUGGCGCGAGUUCUUCAUCCUGGCCGUCGCCCAGUACCUGGCGCCGGUCAACUUCGGCCAGCUGCUCAUCGCCUACGAGUACCUGAACGGGGGCCGCGGCGAACCGGGAGCCGGCGGGACCACCAUCUCCGACUUUCUGCUGAAGGAGGUCGAGAUCUUCCAGGAGGUGCUCGGCCAGCUGGCGGCGCUCCGGGUCGACCCGAACGAGUACGUCUAUCUGCGGGCCAUCGUCCUCUACAAGACGGAGUUUGGGGACGGUGAAACGAGCAUCUCGAGCCUGUCCAGCUCGGACGGUUCCGACGUGACCACGUCGACCAUCCAUACCCAUACCCACCAGCACCACCACCAGCACCACCACCACCAUCACCACAUGGGCACGCCAGGAAUCAGCCGCACGAUCAGCGAGCUGGCCACGGUCCGGGCGCUCGAGGAGAGCGCACGGGACGCGCUGGCCACCUACAUCCAGACCUGUCGGCCGGGGCCGACCAACCGGUACCGGGCGCUGCUCCAGCUCCUGCCGCUCCUGCGCAGCGUCUCCAGCUACACGAUCGAGGAGCUGUUCUUCCGGCGCAACAUUGGGCCCGCCCCGCUGCUGAAGCUGCUGCUCGACUUCUACCGCCAGAAGUAG